CCGGGCCAAACCACUGUUGAGUCACCGCCUCUUUCGCCCCCAGAAAUUUUCAAACCCUACAAAGCUUCUUUAUAUACAUGUUCGCUGUUGCCAUUUUUCUCCUGGAAGCCAUAAAAAUCCUUUGCCUUUUUCGGAAACCUAUUCGGCCUGUCGUCCCCGCAUUUCGAUCUCAUCCUCCCCAGCUCGCAUGUCUCAGAGAUGUCAGCGGCCCCUAAGAAUGAUAACGUUCAAAUUCGAGAGGUGUGGGAUGACAAUCUGAUGCAAGAGUUUGCUAUUAUCCGGGAGAUUGUGGACGACUUCCCUUUUGUUGCAAUGGAUACGGAGUUUCCGGGGAUUGUGUGCCGGCCGUUGGGACCUUUCAAGUCGCUCUCCGACUGCAACUACGCGGUGCUCAGGGAUAAUGUCAAUAUGUUGAAGCUGAUCCAGCUCGGGCUUACUUUCUCUGACGAGCGCGGCAAUCUCCCCACCUGCAACACGGGAUUUGGCUGCAUCUGGCAGUUCAAUUUCCGCGAGUUCGACGUCCAGUGCGACAUUUACGCCGCCGACUCUAUUGAGCUCCUACGCCGAUCGGGAAUCGACUUCAAGAAGAAUAAGGAGCUGGGUAUUGAUACCCUUCGAUUUGGUGAGCUUUUCAUGUCCUCUGGCGUCGUUCUGAAUGAGGACGUGCACUGGAUAGCCUUCCACUGCGGCCAUGACUUUGGCUACCUCCUAAAGCUGCUCACUUGCAAAAAACUCCCUGACACCCAGGCAGGGUUUUUCGAACUCAUAAAUAUCUUCUUCCCGACUCUAUAUGACGUCAAGCAUCUCAUGAAGUUUUGCAACGGUCUUCAUGGUGGGCUCAACACGCUUGCCCAGCUGCUUGGUUUGCGGAGGGUUGGGGUCUCCCAUCAAGCUGGAUCUGACAGCCUCCUCACCUCUCGCGCCUUCUGGAAGCUCAGGGAGAUCUACUUCAGCGGAUUGACUGAGAAAUAUGCUGGUGUGUUGUAUGGCCUUGGUGUAGAUAAGGACUCGAAAGCUGUUACUCGAUGACAAAAUGAUUAAACAAUAAAUAAAAUAAUAUUGAAAUUUGAAACAAAGUU